GGGAGGUGAGCUCUGAUUGGCUGUUUGUAUCAUAAAAGAGGAAUAAGCUGAGAUGUUUGCAGCAGUUUUCUUCUUCUUCAUGUCACAGUGUUGCUCCUCCUCCUCGCCAACACCGCCCACUCACCAUGGCCGACUGGACUGACUGUCUGAACUUCGGCAUCUCCGUUGCUAAACAGGCCAGUAAGGUGGUGCUGACGGCGUUCCAACAGGAGAAGGAAGUGAAACUCAAAAGCUCUCCGGCUGAUCUGGUGACAGAAACGGACCAACGAGUUGAGAUGAUCAUCUCGUCUGCCAUCAGGAGCCAGUAUCCUCAGCACAGGUUCAUCGGGGAGGAGUCUGCGGCUGCAGGUGAGCGUGUAGAGCUGACUGAUUGCCCCACCUGGAUCAUCGACCCCAUUGAUGGGACCGUGAACUUUGUCCACAGGUUCCCGUUUGUUGCCAUCUCCAUCGCCUUCACUGUCAACAAGCAGACGGAGUUCGGGAUCGUGUACAGCUGUGUUGAUGACAAACUGUUCCAUGCUCAGAGAGGAAGAGGAGCGUUCCUGAACGGAGAGCCGCUGCACGUCUCUGGACAGGAAGAUAUCAGCCAGUGUGUGGUGGUGACAGAGAUCGGGGCAGAGCGUGAUGACCUCGCGUUGUCCACCGUGACAUCCAACAUCUUCAAACUGCUGAAGCUUCCUGUGCACGGAGUGCGUGCACUGGGCACAGCAGCGGUUGACAUGUGUCAGGUGGCGACAGGCGGUGCCGACGCCUACUAUCACAUCGGGAUGCACUGCUGGGACAUCGCCGCCUCCGCCAUCAUUGUCCGGGAAGCUGGAGGAGUCAUCAUAGAUACGGACGGCUCAGAGUUUGACAUGAUGUCCCGAAGAGUCAUCGCUGCCAGUUCCGCUGCCGUAGCCAGUCGCAUCGCUCAGGUGAUCCGGCCAUUCCCCUGUAGCCGUGACGAUGAUGACCAACAUAGGUGUGUGUGUGUGGGGCGACAGGUGUGAACAGACUGUAAGUCAGCUGACAGGAAGUGUGCUGCUGGAGACAGUAACGUAUUCUGUGAUCAAUGAACCAAUAAAAAUCUGCGCGCAAACAUUCCUGUUCCUGAUUGGUGAGCUCAAACCUUCUGAACACAUGACUGAUUUAGACUAAACAAGUGUCUCUCAGAUGACCAUGGUGAUGUCAGACUUCAAUGAUCCUGCUGAGGCCAAUCAUUAGACGGAAGGCGGAGCUUAAGUCGGGGGGCGAAAGCCAUCGGUAACAGGAAGUGUUUAUUGAAAGUGUGUUUACCAAAAUGAUAUGCCAGUGCUAAAAUUAGCACAAUUAAAUCUCAGUGGAAAGCGCA